AUGGAUUUGGUUGACACAGUGAAGGCUAGUCCUUUCGGACACUUUUGGGAAGCUGGAGAGUUGACUUUCUCCGGCGCGUUGGUCCACAACCUCCUCUUACAAAAAAUGAAAGUGGACACAGAAAAGGAGGAUGAGGUUUGGUUUCAUGUAGGGAGAAAUGACAUGAGAUUCGGACGGAUAGAGUUUGGACUCAUUACUGGCUUACCUAUGGGUAGUGCCCCUACAGACGAGGAAAUACACGCCAAGUCCAACGACCAUCUAGUUCGGACUUAUUUUGAAGGGAAGAGUUCUGUUCAGUUGGACUCCCUUAUGCUCCAACUUGAGAGGUGCGAAGAUAAAGAUGAUGCCUACAAGCUUGGACUGAUCGCUUUCAUUGAAGGUGUAUUAGUAUCAAAGGAGGGCAAUGUCCAAGUUUGGCCUGAGAUGUUGAAGUUUGUUAUCGAUCUCGAAUUCUUCUUUAAGUAUCCGUGGGGCGAGCGCGCUUUUCGUAAGCUGAUGGAGACAUUAGGAAAGAAUAUGCAACAUUACAAGGAUAAUGUUGACAAGAAGAAGGGGAAGAAGAUUGCUCAGGAGGCAAAGUACACUGUUAGUGGCUAUGUACCUGCCUUUCAGUACUGGGCAUACGAAGCAAUUGAGAAGUUGGGGAAGAAGUAUGCCCACUGCAACGGGACCAAGUUCCCCAGAAUGUUGAGCUGGAAAACACCGGAGGGCCAGCGGAAACAAGAUGUCAAGGCAACCGACAUUGCACUGUUAUUCAACAGUCGGUUGGUGGUGAAGAAGUGCUUGUUUCCCCGGCCCAGUGAAGAGGCAUACUUCAAGAGUAUUAAUGAGGGUAAAGCUCCUCUUUGCUUUGAGAUGGAUGUGGAACAAACGGUGGACGUUGAUGGUACACAGGAGUCUGUGUUUGAAACUCAAGCGAAGACCAUCAACGAGGCCGUGACAAAGGCAAAUUUAGUUCCACCACCACCGGCACCUGAAGUACACGAGCCAUCUACUUCGGCGGUGUCCUUCGCUCCAACCAAGACAAACUGUGGACACUGA